CCCUAAGACAUUACACAAGCUGAGUAGAGAGAGAUCAAAACAAUCAAAGCAAAACAAGAACCAUGAUGAUAUUCAAUUGGGUUAAUCGCAAGCUUCAUCAGAAAGAUGAACGUCCUCAAUUCAGCAGCGAUGGAAAUAUCAAGGGAAAACAAGAGUACGAUCGUAACUAUAAGAACAUGCUCUACGAUGACAUAACCGAAUGGAGUGCUGACAAUAUCCUCGCAAUUGGGACACUUGGUUUUGUUGAUUUAGGGUUCGGGGAUAGGAUAACUACGAAAACAGUGGUUGCUAAAGAAGUUUGCUUGAUUAACAAUGGUUAUGAUGUUGAUGUUGAUGAUGAACAUGAUCAUGAUAUUGAUAGCAACAAUGUGGUGGUUCAAGAUGGUCAUGAUUUAAAUCAAUAUGAUCAAAUCAAGCCCAUGAUGAAGAAGAAAGAAGAGAGAACUACUCUUGCCGAUCUUUUCUCAGCUGAAUACUCUUGCGAUUCGGGCACAAUUACGAAUAACCACAAGAUCCCCAUAACCGCCACUACAUAUGAUAAAUCAGGAGAUAACAAACGCGAUUACAUGACUUCCAAAAAGCUCGUUCCUCUUCCGGUUAAGAAAUUUCACAAGCUGAUGAAGAGAAUGCUCAAUAGAAAGAUUCAUCCAGAACUAAUUGGUAAACUGGAUAUAAUUCAAAAUGAUGGAGAACCCAUAUCCAAAUCCUUUCAACAAGAUGGUGUCGAAAAUGCUAAAUCAAUGUCUCUUCUACCAAUUGGAGAUGUUGUCUAAGUUGCAAGUAGUUCAAACAAGACCCAAUUUCAGUUUUAUAUUAUAUUUCUUAUGUAUUAUCUGCGUGUGUCCCUCUUUUGCAUCCAAACAUUCAACUAUUCCAUCUAUUUGGCUAUUUGUUUUCUUGUAUGUGUGAUUUUAUCAUUUUAUUCUCUUAUUAAAUCUAAUCUCUAUUGUGUU